AUGAUGUUGAUCGAAUGGUUCAACAAGGAUUUGCAAAGUGGUUUAUGUCCCAUGUUGAGAAGAAGCGUAAUGAGAAUCCAGAAUUGGUUAGCGAAGGACUGUGGGCACUGUCAUGUGGCCCAGCUCGGCGAGUUAAGACUAGUACAACUUGCAAGAUUAAUGGAGUGCGGUUUAGCACAGUGGAUCGUGAGAAGUUCAUGCAGACACAAAAUAGUGGUGUAAUGACUGAAGGUGAACAUAAUGGGGAGAACAUAGAUUUUUAUGGUGUCCUUAAAGAGGUAAUUGAGUUACAAUAUAACUCGAAUUAUCAAGUUCGUCGGUCGGUGGUUGUAUUUCGAUGCGAUUGGUACAACCAAGUAGGAAAGACUGUGGGCAUUCGAGAUGACAGCCAUUUCAAAUCCAUCAAUGUGCAGUCAUUUUGGUACAAGUCCGAUCCUUUUAUCUUGGCAGACCAAGCGAAAAAAAUAUUUUACCUGCAAGACACAACUCCACAAUGUAAAGAUUUCCGAGCUGUGCAGAAAUUUGAGCAUAGGAAUAUUUAUGAUGUGGCUGAAAAAUAUGAGGGCAAUAAUGAUGUGCAUCAGGAUGAUUAUUGUUCUGAUACAGACCAUAUAGUGCAAGAAGGUGAUGAUAAUCAGGUUCUGCACAAUGUUGAAGGUGGAGAAGCCAGUCUAAUUGAAGGCAAUUUAGAGGAACUAAUAAGAAAAAAGAAGGAAGCUGCUAUUAUUCUUGAAGAUAGUGAGGAUGAGGAGGAAGAUGAUACAAUGUUUCAAUAUUUUAAUGAUGGUGGCGAUGACAACAAUGAUGACAUGUCCAUAGAAGAUGAAGAUGAGGAUUUCUAGUAUUGAUAGUUGAUUUAUGAAGUGUUCAGUUCAGAUUAGUACGGAUAGAUGAUACAAUGUAUUUUCUGUAUUUUCAGAACUGAAUGUGUGUCUGAAAUACUGAAUUUGGGGUGAACUGAACUUGUGGUGAACUGAAUGUGUAUUCUGUAUUUUCUGUAUUUUUAGAACUGAACAUCUGAAAAUUUUCAGUUCAUGUGAUCUAAGCUGGGUUUAUGGGAAUCAAUUUUCAGUUCAUGUGA